CGCAGGGUCCGUGUGCGCCCCGCCCUCAGCUUUGUGCCAGCCAAUCGCAACUCGGGGGCGGGCCCUGGCACUAUAUAAACGAACCCGGCUCUCACACGAGCCUUUUCGAGGGCGGCGACUGAGUCUGUGGAGCCACCCCAAGAGCCGGAGCUGCCAUAUCCCCUCUUCCACUUCCUGCUGCAAACAAUAAAAGGUCUUUCGUACGGUACUAAGUUUGUGUCCGCGUUCUUUUUUCUGAAGCUGCAGAGGUAGGGAAGCUUUACGCGUCAUUCCGCACAGAGGAUUUUGCAAAUCUUCACUUGGAUCUCAGGCCCAGCCGGAGUACGGGCGACAUUUUCACAGAAGUUUCUCUGGGCGACCUUGCCGGCAUCUCCGGAUGGCUGCCUUGCGCCGAACCCUCCAUCUGGCGAGCCUGGCGGCGGGGACGCGCCGCACCGUGGCGGGUUCCCUGGCUGGCAGCUGCCUGGCAGACCGCUCCCUCUGGGAUAAGCUCCAUGCCCAGCCCCGUCAGGGCAGCGUCCGCACCUUCGACUGGUUCUUUGGAUAUGAAGAAGCCCAGGGGCUCUUACUGCCGCUGUUGGAGAAGGCACAGGCUGCCUGUCCAGCCCGGGUGUUGGAUGUGGGCUGUGGGACCUCCAGCUUAUGUACAGGCCUCUAUACCAAAUGCCCGCACCCCGUGGACGUGUUGGGGGUGGAUUUCUCUCCUGUAGCUGUGGCCCACAUGAAGAGUCUCCUGGAAGGUGGCGAAGGCCAGACACCCCUGUGCCCUGGGCACCCUGACUCAAGCCUCCACUUCGUGCAGGCUGACGGCCAGAAUCUGCAGCCAGUGGCUUCCUCAGGCUCCUUCCAGCUAGUCCUGGACAAGGGCACCUGGGAUGCUGUUGCCCAGGGUGGUCUGCCUGGGGCUUACCAGCUGCUGGCCGAAUGUUUGAGGGUCCUAAGCCCCCAGGGGACCCUGAUUCAGUUCUCAGAUGAGGAUCCUGAUGUGCGACUGCCCUGCCUAGAGAAAGGGUCCCAGGGCUGGACUGUGACUGUGCAGGAGCUGGGCCCUUUCAGGGGCAUCACCUACUUUGCUUACGUAAUUCAAGGCUCUGAUUAAAGAUGUUUUAGGCCUGA